AUGUCUGCCGCCCAGACCCUAUCCUUCGACUCUCUGCCACUUCGUAAGGAUGGACCCCCAGGAAACGCAUGGGGUCGCUUUGAUGAGAAUGACGAGUUGGGCACACUGAAUCUCAUCACACCACGAGUCACAGCCGAGGCUGCAAAACAGAUUGUGGACGGAGUCCGUGUGUCAGUCGACUGGUCUCUCGACAGUAUGUCGGUGCCGUGCUUUGGGCGUACGGGGCUUGAGCAUAAGAUCCAGCAAAAGGGGAGGAACAUUGUUUUCGACGAUGUACUCAUGUUCAAUACGCAGAGUAGCUCGCAAUGGGAUGGAUUCCGGCAUUAUGGACAUCAGAAGCAUAAAGUGUUUUAUAAUGGCAUCACGGUGGAGGACGUGGUGAAGACAAAAAAGAAUGGUAUUCACGUAUGGGCUGAAAAGGGGGGCAUCGUGGGCCGCGGCGUGCUCUUGGAUUAUGUCUCCUGGGCUGAAAGCAACAAUAUCCCCAUAAACUGCUUUUCUACGACGCCGAUACCAGUCUCGACCCUGAAAGAAAUUGCCUCUAAACAAGGAACGACUUUUCGCCCAGGUGACAUUUUAUUCAUCCGCACCGGCUGGACAGAGGCCUAUUCUCGGAUGUCGACAGCUCAAAAGGAAACGCUAGCAGCAACCUUCCCUCCGCCAGCAAUCGGGUUGGAGUCCUCGAGAGAAACCCUGCAAUGGAUAUGGGAUCAUGGAUUCGCAGCUGUUGCGGGCGACCAGCCUAGUUUCGAGGCGUGGCCAUGCCAAAAUCUAGAUUAUCGGUUGCAUGAGUGGUUGUUGGCAGGCUGGGGAAUGCCGAUUGGCGAGCUGUUUGAUUUGAAACGCUUGAGUGAGGAGUGUGACAAAAGGAAGCGCUGGGAAUUCUUCUUUAGCAGUAUGCCAUUGAAAGUUCCUGGCGGCGUAGCGAGUCCUCCCAAUGGGCUUUCACCCGACGAUUUUACUGUCGCAAAACUGUCUCAAGAGAAAAGCCAUUGGCAUUUCAUCUCCAAACAGCUCGCUUUUGCCAGAUUUUCUUCUUUUGUAGUCCCAAUUCGCACGCUGAUCCUUACUAUGGCCAACACCGUUGCAGGAGGGCUUCACAAGGUCCAGGAGGUGAUCAAAUCGGCUGCAGGAGAGGACAAGAAGGUUGCAGACCUCCUUCGAGAUACUGCCGACGUUCAUAAAAAGACCAAGUUUACAACAGACUAUGGAGCCCCCGUCGCCGAGACCGAUCACUGGUUGAAGCCCGUCAGUGACAAGUCUUCUGGUCCAAGUCUGCUAGAAGACCAGAUAGCACGCGAGAAGAUCCAUCGCUUCGACCACGAACGUAUCCCAGAGCGAGUCGUCCAUGCCCGCGGCACAGGUGCUUUUGGCACCUUCACGUUGAAGGAGGCUAUCCCGGAAUUGAGUCAUGCCGGUGUACUUAAUGACACGACAAGAAGGACACCAGUAUUUGUUCGAUUUUCUACCGUCCAGGGAAGUAGAGGCAGUGCCGAUACUGUCCGAGAUGUCCGUGGCUUUGCCGUCAAGUUUUACACGGACGAAGGAAAUUGGGAUAUAGUCGGCAACAAUAUUCCUGUUUUUUUUAUUCAAGACGCUAUCAAGUUUCCCGACUUUGUCCACGCUGUCAAGCCAGAGCCACACAACGAGGUUCCUCAAGGGCAGACUGCCCAUAAUAACUUCUGGGACUUUGUUUUCCUUCACCCAGAGGCUACACACAUGUUCAUGUGGGCCAUGUCUGACCGAGCUAUUCCACGGUCUUUCCGCAUGAUGCAGGGAUUCGGAGUCAACACAUUCAGUCUCAUUAAUAAGGAGGGCAAGCGCCAUUUCGUCAAGUUUCAUUGGAUUCCACACCUCGGUGUUCAUUCUCUCGUGUGGGACGAAGCCUUGAAAGUAGCUGGCCAGGACCCGGAUUUCCACCGGAAAGACCUAAUGGAAGCCAUUGAUAACAAAGCCUAUCCCAAAUGGGACUUUGCCAUCCAAGUGAUACCCGAGGAAAGACAGCACGACUUUGACUUUGACCCUCUUGAUGCUACCAAAGUGUGGCCCGAGGAACUUGUCCCUUUACGUGUUAUUGGCGAGCUGGAACUCAACCGUAACAUCGAUGAGUUUUUCCCUCAAACGGAGCAGGUCGCUUUCUGUACCAGCCACAUUGUACCCGGCAUCGACUUCUCCGAUGACCCUCUUCUCCAGGGUCGCAACUUCUCUUACUUUGACACGCAAAUAUCCCGUCUAGGUAUAAACUGGGAGGAGCUUCCAAUCAAUCGCCCCGUUUGCCCAGUCAUGAACCACAACCGAGACGGUGCCAUGCGUCACAAGAUAACCAAAGGUACCGUCAAUUACUGGCCGAAUCGCUUUGAUGCGAUUCCGCCAACCAAACCCGAGGAAGGAGGGUUUGUUUCGUUCCAGGAGAAAAUUCUUGGAAUCAAAAAGCGGUCUCAGGGGCCCAAAUUCCGUGAAUAUCACAAUCAAGCACAAUUAUUCUACAACUCAUUAAGCGAAUACGAGAAGUUCCACGUUGCCAAAGCCUUUAGUUUCGAGCUCGAUCAUUGUGAUGACCCUGUGGUAUACCAGCGCAUGGCUCUGCGUAUUGCAGAAAUCGACCUCGAGCUUGCUCGAAAAGUUGCUGUGAUGGUAGGCGCACCGACACCAGAGACAGCCGGCAGACAAAACCAUGGCAAGAAGUCUCGCGGAUUAUCUCAGUUAGAUUUCAAGCCUCGCAUACCGACUAUUGCCAGUCGACGGAUUGCGAUUAUUAUCGGCGAUGGUUUCGACUCGGUAGCGUUCAACGGUGUAUACACAGCAGUCAAAGCUGCUGGUGCCAUUCCCUUGGUCAUUGGUACCAAGAGACAGCCCGUAUUCGCUGAUGGCGUUGACCCUCAGACUGGAAAGGGAGUGACACCCGAUCACCAAUACGACGGCAUGCGCUCGACAAUGGUCGAUGCGACAUUCAUACCCGGUGGAUCGCACAUCAAGGCACUUGCCAAAAACGGACAAAUCCGCUACUGGAUAGCAGAGUCAUUUGGCCACCUGAAAGCGCUGGGCGCCACUGGUGAGGCAGUCGAUCUUGUCAAAAAGGUGUUGACAGAUAUCGAUGCUCUGAAGUUUGCUUCCCAAGGUAGUACUGCUGUUUCCGAGUCUUACGGCGUGGUUACUGCUGCUGGUCCGCAGAAACCCGAGAGCUUUAAGGAAGGUUGGGAGAUGGUCAAGGGAGCGAAAGAUUUCCUGGGCAAGUUUUUCUUUGAAAUUGCUCAACAUCGCAAUUACCAACGUGAACUCGAUGGCCUUGUUCAGACUCUUGCCUUUUAA